AUGAGCAACAUUUCAAAGGACGUGGCUGUCCUUGGCAACUAUCUCUAUAUCCACGGCGGAAGGACAACCAGGCAGGUAGCCGGGCAGGAUGCAGGCUGGUCGCCUGCAAGGCCGGCCAUGUGGCCCGACCCGAGCGGGACGCGCAUGUACACGUGGGGCGGGGCCAGCAUCGACGAAAAAGCCAACAGGAACUCGAACGAGCCGCGGCUGACCACGUUUGUCCGGGAGAGCAACACCUCAGCAGGUGGGAAAUGGGAGAGGGGCCGGGACAAGCCCAAAGCGUCCUCUGGACAGGAGCUCAUCCACAGGACCCACCUCGGAAGCUGGACGAGCUGCAACGGCCUGGGGUUCUACAUGGGCGGGUACCUGUUCACGGCGACGGACAACUCGACCGAGCUCUGGGGGACCAAGAAGCGAACCCUCCCGGGCCUCCUCAUCUACGACAUGAAGGACGGGACGUGGACGAACCAGACGGCGGACGCCUUUGGGCAGGGGGCGAGGCGCGGCACGCACCUGGACGGCUACGCCGUGUGCCUGCCCACGCUCGGGACCAAGAACCAGGGGAUCGUGGUGUUGACGGCCGGGAGGCAGGCGACGGUCAACAACGACGGGGACAGCGAGCCGGUGCCGAUGGACCGCGUCACCUUUUACGACAUUGGCACGCGGACCUGGCACACGCAAAAGACCACGGGCGCCCAGACGCCCAGCCAGGGCAGGAGGCGCGGCUGCGCCGUGGCCGCCACCGACGCCACCAGCCGCGACCGCACGGGCGCCUACGAGAUCUUCAUGUUUGGCGGCCUGGGCAUCACCCCCGCCGACCUGUGGGUCCUGACCGUCCCGGGCUUCCGCUGGUUCCAGGCCCCGCCCACGGGGCUGCCGCCCACCGCGCGCAGCAGCCUGGACUGUGCGGUGGCCGGCCCAGCGCAGCGCCAGAUGAUCGCCGUGGGCGGCGACGACGAGAACAAGAGCGCGGCCGACGCGUGGGACCGCCCCGACGACUGGCCGCGCAACAUGCAGGUCCUGGACCUGACCAGCCUCGAGUGGUCGGGCGACUAUGCCGCCGACGCUGCCCCGUACCGGCCGCCGGCGAUGGUGGCGGAUUGGAACAGGGACGGCGGCCUGGGUGGGGUGCAGUGGGAAGACCCGAGCACGCGGGCGCUCUUUGCCGAUGUUCUCGACGGGCGGCCUGGCGACGGCCAGCAGGAUCGUAGUCCGCCGAGUGCAGGUGGGGCGCCGACGGAUCCGUCCGGUUCUGCGGGGACGGGCGGCACCGACGUCGCGGCCAUCGCGGGUGGUGUGGCUGGAGGAGUAGGGGCUGUUCUCGUCGCUGCCGCGGCCGGGGUUUAUUUUUGCUGGUACCGGCCGCGACGACGGCAGGUUGGCGAGCCUGCGGUGGAGGACGUUGGGGGCCCCGGGCGUGGCCAGUGGCACCAGGCUCCCGAGGUUGUGCAGGACGUGCAGCGGCCUCAAAAAUACCAAGGCGGCCUCAAGGACAUGGUCGGCAGCCCAGUGGCGCAGGCGGAGCUCGAAAGUAGCUGUACCCCGCCGGUGCACGAGUUGGACAUGUACACGCGACGGCAUGAGCUUGCGUGA